AUGGCUCAGCUCCUCGGUCUGAGGUCCAAAUUCGGUCCAGAACGCAAUCUCAUUCGAAAGACAUCAACAUUCCAAGACAACACUUUUAGGGCCUCAAAGCUAGAGUAUGUUCAUCCACUUUUCUUUCUAACUCAAGCAAACGCUAAAUCUUCGUGGAAAUACCAAGCUGACAGAAUCGAGGUUACAUACUUGCAGGUAACGGAUGGAUCUUGGAUGCAAUUGCGGCGGUAUGGCUUGUGUAACCGUGACAUUCGUUCCAGAAAACUGUCAAAUGGCCCUAUCAAACAAACGACAGCCCUCGAGCGGCUUCUGAACAUUGCCACGACUAUGCCCCGUGGAUUCCAAGUUGAUAUAAAACAAUACAUGCAAGAAAGUUGGGCACCAAACCAGCUGGUCACGGCUUUCGACCGAUACAAAUAUAUCUACUUCAUUGUGAGACGAAUGGGAAACAGGAACCUCAAAUAA